AGAUUUAUCUUUUUAUAUUGUCUUUUGCUAUUUUUGACUGAAUAUUCAUACAUAUUCCAUUAUUAUUUCGAAAUAUUCGAUUAUAUAAGAAUUAUAUUAUUAUAAUCAAAUCUAAACUAUAACCUUAGUGAUUCAAGAGUAAUAUGAUAACAUAAAUGAAGAACGAAGAAUUGCAAUUUUUUUUGUAAUAGGACGAAAAUAUAUCUAUUAGUUUCUUUUACAUAACCAGUUUUUUCUAUUAUUAUCAGUUUAUUAUAAUAAUAAAUUGUUUUAGGCAGAUGCAAAACAAAUAAUGUACAUAACGUCAAUUGACUAUGAGAAAAAUAUUAAUGUCUAUCUAAAAAUCGUACAUUUCAUUUCUCCUAUGGAAUACGUAUUGACUUUGUAACAAUUGUUAUAUCAAAAUUAACGAUUAUACAUUUAGUAUUUUACUGUCAGCUCAAUUCUUCAAUUCAAGCACACCAAUAGGGUAAACUUUAUACACAAGCAUAUAUAUCGAUAUGAUGAAUCGAGAGAAGAAGCUAGAUUCUCCUAAAGCAUUUUUAAUUCAUUUUUUCCCGCAUUGAUCGCUAAAGUCGUACACGUUUUUAGCGAUGUUAAAUAAAUAGCCCUGAUACUUAAAAAAAAGUGAUAAAAAAAUGAGCAAUUUUAAAUAAUUAAAGUUACUUAGUGAAAUUAAUAAGCAUCUAACUAUUGUAUAUCAUAUAAUUUAUUUGAUCCUUUUAGAAUAUUUAUAUACUAUAAAUAUAUAACAAUGGAAAAUCCAGAACGUAUAGUAAAAACUGUUAUUCAUGUAGGUACAAAGAAUGUUACCUUUGUUCCAGGAACAAAGGUUGUAUUUCAUUUUAAAACGACAAAAUGUGAUACCAAUAAAACUGUAAUAGAUGACAGUAAAACUAUGGGAUCUCCAAUGGAAUUGAUUUUAGGAAAAAAGUUCAAACUUGAAGUAUGGGAAGUAAUUGUACAAAAAAUGGCAUUAAAUGAAGUGGCUUGUUUCAAAAUAGAUAAAAGUCUAGUUACUGCAUACCCUUUUGUAUCUAAAACAUUGAGAGAAGUAGGUAAACCACAAUCUGAAAAACGCAGUCAUCAUUGUUGUGGAGUUACUCUACAAAAUGAAGGUAUUGGAUAUGAAGAUUUAAAUGAACUUAUUAAAUAUCCCCAAGAUUUAGAAUUCACAAUAGAACUUAUACAAAUAAUAUUACCAAAUGAAUAUGAAAAGGAAACAUGGCAGAUGACAGAGGAUGAAAAACUUAAAAGUGUGCCAGAUUUAAAAGAGAAAGGAAAUAUUUUUUUCAGGGAAAAAGAUUAUGAUAGAGCUUCUGAAAUGUAUGCCAAAGCUAUUGGAAUUUUAGAACAGCUUAUGCUUGCGGAAAAACCAAAUGAUGACGAAUGGUUGACUUUAAAUAAAAUGAAAGUUCCGUUAUUAUUAAAUUAUGCACAAUGUAAAUUAAUAAAAAAAGAAUAUUAUUCGGUUAUAGAACAUUGUACAACAGUUCUAAAAAUUGAACCAGAUAAUGCAAAAGCUUUAUAUAGAAGGGGGAAAGCUUAUAUUGGUACAUGGGAUGAAGAAAAAGCUACCAAAGAUUUGAAAAAAGUUGCAGAAUUAGAUCCUUCCCUGCAGAAUAUGAUUGAUAAAGAAUUACAAGCACUUUCAAUAACCAUAAAAGAAAAAGAUAGAUUACAACAAAAAAAACUCGUACAAAUGUUUAAAUAAUUAAAUAUAUAUUAAAUGAUUUUUAUUUAUAUACAUUUUGUUUUUAUAAGAGAACAUUAUUUUGUUUGUUGCAGUAAAUUACGUUUUUUAUUACUAAAGUAUUUGCUAUAAAUAUUCUUAUACUCGCGAAAAUUAUUACGUAGAAAAGAGAGAUCUGAAGUGAGAUUUUGUUAAAUAUUAUCAGUAUAAAACAUUAUGACACGUUUAACAACUUGUUAGAUCUAUUAAGUUUUAGAUAGAUAAAUCAAACUUGUAAGUCAAAGGACAUAGGAUUGAAGGAAGUUGUAUUAAUAAAGACAUAUCAUAGCAUUAACUUCUAACAAUAAUAUAUUUCGAAACAUAUUGUCAAUGGGGGAUAAACAUUAUAACAGAUAAACUAUAUGUUGAAAUAUAAGAUUCUUAAGUUUGCAA